CGACCGCACGGCCCGACAUGAGGCCCGGGAUAUGUUGAUGCUGUGAUACCGUAAGCGCGAGUUAAGUGUCCAGUGUGCCCGCCAGCGAAGAUGCAUCUCCACUUCGAGAGGAACGUGAACGCGAAAUGCGACUGCACGAUACUGUCGCUGUCGUGGAUGGGCAAGGUGCCCGACGAGCUGCCCGAGGAGGAGGGUUGGAAGCUGAACCGCAACAACUACUACCAGGAGGGGUGGCUGGCGACGGGCAACGUGCGCGGCGUGGUGGGCGUCACGUUCACGUCGUCGCACGCGCGCCGCCAUGACAUGCCGCUGCGCACCAACUACAAUCUGCGCGGACAUCGGUCUGAUGUGAUCCUAGUGAAGUGGAACGAGCCGUACCAGAAGCUGGCAUCGUGCGACAGCUCCGGUGUCAUCUUCGUGUGGAUCAAGUACGAGGGCCGCUGGAGCAUCGAGCUCAUCAACGACCGGAGCACUCCCGUCACACACUUCUCCUGGAGCCACGAUGGACGGAUGGCGCUUAUUUGUUACCAGGAUGGCUUCGUCCUCGUGGGCUCGGUGGCCGGCCAGCGGUACUGGUCGUCGAUGCUGACCCUGGACGCCCGCAUCACCUGCGGCUGCUGGACGCCAGACGACAGCCAGGUCUACCUGGGCACUGCGUCCGCGCAGCUGGUCGUCAUGGAUGUGCACGGCGCUAUGGUCUCACAGUGUUUCACCCAGGUGCAACUAGUCGCGGAGGGCGGUAUCACAUCCAUGGCGUGGUCGUGCGAGAAGUUCAAGAUGGAGGAGGGGGAGGAGGUGGAGAGCGGGCACGUGCUGGCCGUCGCGCUCGGCAGCGGGGAGGUGGUGCUGCUGCGGGGACACGACGACGUCAGCCCCGUGCGGAUACACACCGGCCUGCGGGGCAACACGCUCGCCAUGGAGUGGGCCAACUCCAGGGAGCUGCUCGCGGUCGCGGGGACCAUGCUGCCAGAACCAAACGAGGACCCGGAGUCCCCACCGUACAAGAACGUGGUAAAGUUCUACUCCGACACCGGCUCACUCAUCUAUACCGUACAAGUGCCUUAUACUCAGGCGCGCGUGUCAGCCCUGACGUGGGGUCACGCGGCGCGGCGGCUGUUCGUGUGCGCGGGCGGCGCGGUGUGCACGGCGCGCGUGUGGCGGGCGGUCGCGCCGCUGCAGCUGCUGGCGCGCGUGCGGGCGGCGGCGGCGCUGCGACACCCGCGCCUAGCUGCCGCACUGCCGCUGCCGCCGAAACUGCAGCCCGCGCUGCACAGCCUCUUCGCGCACACUAUACGGUGUAACGUUCCCGAGGCGAACGAGCUGCGUCGUUUCGUGUCGCGUCCCCCGCCGUCGGGCGGUCGGCUACACUGCACGAUGCUGCGACACGACGACGAGGAGGCCGGCGCCUACACCCUGUACCUGGAGCACCUCGGCGGACUCGUGCCGCUGCUGAAGGGACGAAGAACCAGCAAAAUCCGACCCGAAUUCGUUAUAUUCGAUCCUCAGGGUGAAGAAGCGACACUAGCGGCGAGUCAGGCGGCAGGUCGCGAGAGCAGCAGCAGCGGCGGCACGGGCAGCUCGUCGAGCAGCAGCAGCAGCCGCGGCAUCUCGUCCCCCCGCCCGCCACGCACCCCGCGCGCGCCCCGCCGGAACCCCCCGCGAGCGCCGCCGCAGGACUCCUGCUCGUCUGACACGGAUCGGGAGGACGGUUGUUCUGGAUCUCCUCGACUGCAAAGGCGGAGGCGAGCACGCGAGAGACGGAAAAUGCGAAGCUCCAGCGACAAAGAAGACGCUCCUAAUGAAUUAGCUUACAUUGAUUCAUUGCCUGAGGACGUACGCCUGGUAGAAGUGACAUCGAACAUUUGGGGUACAAAGUUCAAGAUGCACGGCCUCGCUAAGAACGUCCCGGCUAAUCUGGGCCAAGUGACUUACAAAACCUCCUUGCUGCAUUUACAACCUCGCCAGAUGACGCUUAUGAUCACAGAACUGAGGGACGAUUAUCCCGUGGGCCCGGAUCCCAAUUUCAAUCCCAACAUAUUUUCCGAGGACGAGGAGGACGUCUUCCAACCGAACGACAACUCGCCGUCCCACUCCAAUAAUAACAAUAGGAAAGAUUACAGUCCAGUAGUACUUAGCGAUAAGAUGACAAAUACAAACAACGCCACAAAUCAAUCCGAAGCCUACUCCUCAAUUAACAAUAACACCGGCGCGUCCCUCGCCCGGGCAGAGUCGUACGAGGAGUUUCCGUUUAUUGACACUAACGAGGCCAUUAGUAGCAUCUCCGAUAACGUCUACAGCACCACGUCCGUGAGACAUGCGACACCGUCAAUAGAGAGACGUGUGAACAACACGACUGCUGUGCCCAACAGGCACGCGAUAUCGCCAUUGAGAUGCGAGAGCUCGGUCCCUACCCUACAAUCACCUAAGAACGCCGUGGCGCCCACGGAUAUAAUUUUCGAGCGACCGUCCCCGCAGACAGUCACCUGCGGGGGCCGGGGUGAUUUCUGUGGGGGUCGAGCCGAUUACGGCGUCAGGAGUGACAAUGUCUCGCUGAAAGGUAGUCUCAACACUGUCGAACAACAGUUGUUCAACCUAAACCUCAGCAUAGAACCGAGCAGGCAGGUGAUGAUCAAGAAGUGCGAUAACCACGUCGCCGAUAACUGCCUCUCCAAGCUCCGGAAGAAUAUUUGCAACCGAGGCGAGGGUGCCUCUUACGAGAUGAACACUAGAAUCCUUAAAUCUCUUUGUAACAAAAAUUACGAAAACGAAGUCCACCCGGACGCGUUCAACAGACGCGCGGACACCUUGAAAAACAUACAAAAAGGGGAGGACCUGAAGUUCAUCGACGAGGAGGCCCCGGCGGACGCGUGCCCUAAUUUUACUGAUAAGCCCAGGGAGGGAAGGGUGCAGAGGACCACCACGGUGGUACCGAUAAGUCCGGUCUGCGCCAAUAUGCCAGUUUACGAUACUAUGACCAGGAGCUGUAGCGUAGGCUACCUGGAUUUGGUGGACCCCCAGGUCCUUCACGCCCAGGUUAGCUUAUCCGCGCUCCGGGAUCACCCUCGUCGGCUAGUUCUCGUCAACAACAAGAAGCAGCGGAAACCGCGAAGAUACUUUAGGAAUAACGACAUGAAGCAGUACGGUAAUAUCAAAACGCCCAGCUUGAAAAAGAGCGGAAAGUCAAAAAGUUUAGAUUCGAGCGAGCUCUCCAUAACCGCGGAGAAAGGUAGGAAGCCGGUUCAGGAUGGGAAUAAAAACGUCGAAGUUAAAUCGCCCAACUCCAGCAGCAGGUGUAACAGCACGUGUGAGGAAAACAGUGGGACUAGCGCGGAGGAAAACCGAGUGAGGAGGUCGAGGCGGGACUACGCCGCGGUCAGCGCGGCCAGCGCCCCCGCACCCCCCGCGCCGCCCGCGCCCCCGCCCGCCACUGACAGCGACUCCGACUACAGCAAGUAUUAUAGUUCACUGGAGCAGCUGGCCCUACGUCUGCUGGCGUCUCGUUCGUCGAAGCGCGGCGACAGCGCGGGUCGAGAGAGUAGUUCGGCGCCGGCGUCCCCGCGGCCCGCGCGCGCCGCACCCGCACCCGCGCCCGCCACGCCGCAGCCGCGCACGCGACGACAGCGGUAUUCCUCCGCCUCACCUAUACGACAACUGCUCAAUUCACCCCUCCUCAAUCGUCGGAGAAACAAAAAGCCGUCGGAGAGCUCGGACGACGAGUAUUCAAACGGCUACAGCGAGGUCAACAGCAAGAACUACAGGGACCUGGAGAGCUUCCAAAAGGCGCAGCUUAGAAAUAAGCUGAAACGAGCGGGUGUGGGCGCGGUAGCGGGAGCGGCGGCGGGCGCGGGCGGCGCGGCGGAGCGGGGCGCGCGCCGGCAGCUGGUGAUGCACAACAAGGCGCCCAUGUGGAACGAGAACAGCCAGGUCUACCAGCUCGACUUCGGCGGCCGCGUCACCCAGGAGUCCGCCAAGAACUUCCAGAUUGAAUACCACGGCAAACAGGUGAUGCAGUUCGGUCGCAUCGACGGCAACGCGUACACCCUAGACUUCCAGUAUCCCUUCUCCGCGCUGCAGGCGUUCGCGGUCGCGCUCGCGAACGUCACACAAAGACUCAAAUGAGCACUCGCCGUCACGUACAGCAAGAGGUUGCGCUCCUACGGUUUCUACAACCGUUGUGGGGCGUAACCGGUUGCGGAGAUUGCCUCGGUUUCUACAACCGGGUUCCACAGUUGAACAGUUGCAUACCAGUGUAGUGUUACCAAUGUGUUUCGAUGUAAAUCCGAGAGGACACAGUAGCUUUGCAUAUUCGUUUCUUAUAUUGUGACCGAUUUUUGUGAGAUCCCAAAAAAUUCAAUUUCAUCGACCUAUGUUUAAUCGGGCUACUAUGGAUAUGUAUAAAAGUAUGCAAGAUUUGUAACGGGCGAAAAUUUUAACCGACUUCCAAACAAAAAAAGGAGGAGGCUCUAUGUUUGGCAGUAUUACCUAUUCAUACAGAUAGAAAACGCGAUUUAGCUAUUGCUCGAUUAAAGUUUGCAGUUUUUUGAGUUCUCAAUAUUUCCGCGCUGUACAUAAGCUUUAUUGUUAAGUCUUCGACUGUCUAACUGUUAGUGCCAGUGGGUGAUGAAUGCUCGUAAACUCCUUGAUAUUUUUACACUUAACGUACUUAGGUAGACUUUGUAAUACCCUGAUCGACAGCUACUGGAGAUUGGGACCAUCUGUAGUCGAGACUCCUUCGAAUAGUGCGAGUUAAAUGUUAAGCCUACUACACAACAAUAAACGUGUGUCCGUGUGACUGAAUGUUACUGUUAUUGUUAUUUACUUAAGAACAUUUGGGUUAAGAAUAUAUUGCGUUAAAACUUUUAAAGAACCUUGGUCUUAUCCAGUUUUAUAGGUAGGUUAAAAAACGCAGUAUUUUCUUAACGCGAGUAACCUAUAGUCAUUGUAUGAAUUUCUAAAUAUGUAGUUAAAUAGGAACAUAAUGUCCAAUUUUGUAUGAAUUUUCUGAGUGAAAUUAAUUAUGACUGUUCUUAA